AUCGUCGAUCACUUGGCUUGACGUUGACAGACAGAGUUUCCGUGACUCACCUGAGCUCGCUAUCUUCCCGUCAAAACCAAGGCAGAUGUGGAGUGACGACUGCCCAAAUUUCUGACAUAUCUGUGCCACAAUUUUAUAACGGAGCUUUUUAUAUAUUUUCUAAAGCUAGUGACGUUUAAAAGACAAAAGCAAAUUAUCAAACUUGGCAUCGUUUAUUCAAGAAGCAACAACUAUGAAUGAAUUAACUCAAGAGGAAAUAAGACGGCGAAGGUUAGCUCGCUUAGCGAGUUUAGGAUCAAACAAUGCGUCGCCGAGUACGAACAGUACUUCUGUACCCACUUCUCCCGAUACGCCUGGACCUUCGAAUAUUUCUCCCAAUUCGGCGGCUCCUCUUCUACCUCAACAACAGCAGGUGACAAUGGAUGUUGAGGAAAAUAGUGAAAAACAGUGCAGUACUUCCGGUAUUGAUGUCGAUUCGGGAAUUGAAAAUAUGGAAGUAGAAGAGUCUGAUAGGAAAGAAGCAACACCCAGAUCACGAACUACUAGUUCCAGUACCGAAGUAUCUCUGGAUCAAGUUCAUUCUGUAAUAUCGCGAGUGCUUUGUGUCUCUUGGAAAGAGUCAACGGAAGGUUUCAUAUUUCUGCCUGACACAGCGAAAACCGUCCAGGAACAAAAACAAAUGGACUCAUCGGACAUAAUAAGUGAGGCUUUGAUGGAGGUUCUCUACAUGUUCUCUCGAGACGAGGACCCUUUAAAGGAAAUCACAAUGGACGUUUCACUGGGCCUGGAGGACAGUCCCAACAGUCAAACAAGUCCGCUCCUGAGUCCCAUAAUGACCCUUCCCAACAGUCCGCUUCCCGUGAUCUUCAGCGAGAAGUCGCAGCCCAAAAGUCUCGUCUACUUAAUGGACUGCUACACAAGAGUGGCGAUCGAGGAGAGGAAUCAUCCAAAGAGAUCGAGCAGUCCUCCCCUCUCGGAAGUGCUGGCCAUUCUUCGAGCUCAGUGCAUUCAGCACACGAACCUCGUUCUCCAGGGACUCGUCGGACUCUCACCCACCACUUCUCUGUCGGCAAACUCCUCGCCCAUGAUUUAUCCUCUCCUCUCACAGAAAUUGCCUCGCGGUUUUCUGCACGAACUCGUCGCCAGAACGCACACACAGUCGCAGACUUUCAACAAAAUAUUCACGCCGCUUCUCCAAGCGCUCUACUUGGCGAUGCAGCAGGGCAGCUUGGUGGGGAACACUCACCGCAGGCCGAUCGAGGCUCUGGAGGAAUUGAUCGACAUUCGCGUGGGAACGAAUGGCACCACCCGACCCAUAUGCCGACUCCUCACACACCAGGUUCAGUUCCUGCCGGACGUGAUGACGAGCGCAGUGGGCAGAGAGUUGGCGCGAACUUCGUUCCUCGGGCCAUUCUUCUCCGUCUCCGUGUUUGCCGAGGACCAGCCGAAAGUCGCGGAGAAGUUCUUCAGCGGCAAUCCAUCCACAGACAAGUCAAUGAACUCGACGCUCCAGCAGGAACUGGAAAGCAUUAGAACGUCUCUUCACAAAAUUCUACACGCGGUCUUGGCGAACAGCAAUUGCCGCGAGACUACAUUAGCCUAUCUCGCGGCCUUGCUGAAGCACAAUGAGAAACGAACACAAAUCCAAGCCGAGGAAUUCGCCCUCGCCGGCGAUGGAUUCAUGCUCAACUUGCUCUCUGUCCUGCAGAUGCUCUCGGUGAAAAUCAAGUUGGACACGAUAGACUCGAUGUAUCCGUUCCACCCCAACAGCCUAGUGGACGUCACUAAUGAGACGCGGUUGAAGCUGUCUUCGCAGGAGGUGGAGGACUGGCUCAAGGAGACGGGCAAGACACACAAGUGGACGGAGGCGAAAUUCCCCACUCAGUGUUGGUUCUUGACUCUGCACUGCCAUCACAUAGCUCUACUUCCGGCUCUACAAAAGUAUCAGAGGAAAUUAAGAGCACUGAGGGAUUUGCAGAAGAUGCUCGACGAACUGCAGGCAAGCGAGGCGCAGUGGAAGGACACUCCUUUCGCUGUUCGCAAUAAGGAAUUCAUCAAACGUUGGAAACAACAACUGAAACGUCUGGGCAAGUCGAAAUCUUGCGCUGACGCCGGACUCAUCGACCCAGUCUUGCUCAGUCGGGCUCUUCAUUUCUAUGCGUCCGUGGCGUCGAUUUUACUAGGUCUCUUGACUCAAACCGAUCCCAACAGCGCUCUUCCUGAACUUCCUCUACCACAGGAAGUACCUAAUGUCUUUACCGCUCUUCCCGAGUGGUACGUUGAAGAUAUCGCUGAAUUUUUACUCUUCACUUUGCAAUUUAGCCCUGCAGUUGUAGUAAACAACAUGGAUAAUUCGCUGAUCACGUGGCUCCUUGUUAUGGUUUGCACGCCGCAUUGCAUUAGAAAUCCUUACCUAAUUGCAAAAGUCAUUGAAGUCCUCUUUGUUAUUAAUCCAAGUGUACAGGCACGAACCGAAGCCCUCCACGAACAAAUAAUGUCUCAUCCAAUAUCGAGAACACACCUAGCCUCUUAUCUAAUGAAAUUCUACACAGACGUUGAAACAACUGGAUCAAGUUCGGAAUUCUACGACAAAUUCUCGAUCCGCUAUCACAUAAGUUUAAUUCUAAAGUCAAUGUGGGACAGUCCAAUUCAUCGCGUGGCUAUCGUCAACGAAAGCAACAAUGGAAAGCAGUUUGUCAAGUUUAUCAACAUGUUAAUGAAUGACACGACCUUUUUGCUGGACGAAAGUCUCGAGUCUCUCAAACGAAUUCACGAAGUCCAGGAACUGAUGUCGGACGAGGCUGGCUGGUCUGCCUUCACUCAGGAGCAGCAGCAGACCCGCACGAGGCAGCUCACCGCCGACGAACGGCAGGCCCGCUCCUACCUGACUUUGGCGAAAGAAACUGUAGCCAUGUUCCACUAUCUCACCGUUGACAUUAGGGAACCUUUCCUCCGACCCGAACUUGUUGCGAGACUCAGUGCCAUGCUGAACUUCAAUUUGCAACAAUUGUGCGGCCCCAAAUGCAAGAACUUGAAAGUGAGGAAUCCACAAAAGUACGGCUGGGAGCCGAGAAACUUGCUUAGUCAGUUGGUUGAUAUUUACCUACAUCUAGACUGUGAUAAUUUUGCUGCGGCGUUAGCUAGUGAUGAGCGUUCAUUUUGCAAAGAGUUAUUUGCGGACGCAGCAAACAGACUGCAAAAAUCGGCAAUAAAAACAACGACUGAGAUUGAACAAUUUAGAGGAUUGGCUGAGCGAGCUGCAAUUAUUGCGAAAGAUAAUCGAGCCCGUGAUGUUGAUUACGGAGAUGCGCCUGAGGAAUUUAGAGAUCCUCUCAUGGACACGCUCAUGGAGGAUCCCGUGAAACUUCCGUCGGGAAUUGUUAUGGAUAAGGCUGUUAUCAUUAGACACUUGUUAAACAGUGCUACUGAUCCAUUCAGUCGUCAACCUCUCAGCGAAGAUAUGCUUACGCCAGUUCGCGAUUUAAAAGAGAGAAUAGCAGCUUGGAAACAGCAAAAGCAGAAAUCUGAAAACAUAUAAUUGUCUUCUAGAAAAUAAAGCAGCUAAAAUAAAUAAAUAAAUAAAUAAAAGAAAA